AUGACUAGUCGAACGUCAUGUAACCGGGUAGUUACUGUGAUGGCUAAUCUAGCAAGGUUAUCGGCAAGACACCCGAUAGAAGUGGUAAUGAUGUCCUUAUUACUUUCUUCGAUGGCAUAUCUUUCUAUGAUACAUUAUUAUUUUAAAGAAUGGGAAGUUAUAUUUAAAAAUACAAUAAAUCCUAUCGAUUUUAAUCAAACAGAGUUGUUGAAGGAUUCUUCUCAUUAUUACCAUUCUAAUGGGUUGAACGAAUGGAAAGAAUUGAAUUAUUCAGAACUUGGUAAUUAUUCAAAUUUGGAACAUUAUUACAUGUACACUUAUACAUUUCAAGAUCAAACAACAUUCGCAACAACUCCAAAACUUUCAAAUGUUAUCUAUGAGACAAAUUCCAGUACAUGUAUUUUAACCGAUUCUCUUUAUAAACCUCAAGAAUAUUUGGGUAAUAAAGAUGAACUCAUAUGGGAAAUGGGAGUUACGAAGAAUUAUUUACAACAAUUAAAGAAUCAUAUUUUAACGUUUUCACAUAAUGUAACUAUACAAAACAAUUUGGAACAAACUGAUAUCACCUUGCUGUUAGUUUCAUAUAUCAUGGUUUGUGGUACAAUUUUGGAUCUAUUUCAACAAAUGAGGAAGAAAGGGUCUCGAUUCUGGUUAUCCUUGACCACACUCAUAAACUCUGCGUGUGCUUUCUUUCUAGCUUCCUUCACGAUGUUAUAUGUCUUGAAAAGACCGACAACUACUUUAGUAUUAUUUGAAACAUUACCAUUUUUCUUUGUAGUUGUAGGGUUUAGGGAUAAGAUUAAAUUUAGUGAUUAUGUUAUCAAGAGAUAUGGUACUUUAAAUAUAUCCAGAAAAAUUACAGUAGAUAAAAUUAUUUACGAUGCAUUUGUUGAUGUCGCUUCACAUUUGAUCAAAUUUUAUCUUGGCUUAUCCACAUUAGCUAUUUUUGCUAUUGUAUCAUUUAGAUACUCUACCCAAAUGGUGAAUUGUUUGAUGUUACUAGUAUUUAUUUUAUUUUAUGAUCUACUCUUAACGAUAACUUUUUAUUCGUCGAUACUAUGCUUAAAAUUGGAGAUAAAAAUCAUAAAUAGAUCAACAAUCAUCAGACAAACUUUGGAAGAAGAAUGUAAUGUAACCAUUGAAUCUGAUGCAGUUGAUGAAAAGAUUGGUCUACAGAAACUAUCCUUUUUUAAAUCAAACGCAAUGAUACGUAUAGGUAAGUUGUCUAUCAUUCUUUUGUUGGUUGGUAUUAAUAUAUAUAAUAUUAAUUUGAAAUGGACAUUUAAUACUAUUAAAUCUAUCUUUUUAAGUUUCCGUCCAACAGUAUUACCAGAUAUUUUACUUGUUAAUAAUAGUAAUGGUUUACCUCUUCCUAACAAAGAUGUUAUUAUAUCCGUCCUACCAACAUUCUACUAUCAAUCAUUACAAGAGUAUAAAAAUUCUGGAAAUAUUACAAUAUUAAUAUUAAAAACUUUGGGGUUCGCAAUUUCUGAUAAAUUUAUUGGUAAAGUUAUAUUUAUCAUUUGCGUAAUUAGCAUUAGUACAAAUGUUUAUUUAUUAAGAGUUGCAAAGAUUCAUUCAGACGCUACCAUUUCACAGUUAAUUAGGAACAGAAAAGUAACCCAAACAGAAGUCAUUAAGAGGGAACCUAUUUCAAUUACAAGGUCAUUACAUUCAGCAGAUUUUACUAAAAAUUUAAGUCCAAAGACAUUUUCUCUAACCGCAAGUGAUGAUGAAAAUAGUAGUUCGAGUUGCGAUAGUAGUUCCUUAUCUCCAGUUGAGAGAACGUUAGAUAAUUGUGUCAAGAUGAUGAAAGAAGGUAAGUUAAAAGAUUUGCGAAAUACAGAAAUAGCUAAUAUGGUAAUAGCAAAGAAAUUACCUUUGUAUUCUUUAGAAAAAAGACUGGAGGACCGAUAUAGGGCUGUUAAGGUUCGCCGAGAAGCGAUAUCUGUGUUAGCAAAAUCACCAUCCUUGAAUACAUUAGAUGUACCGUAUCAGAAUUAUGAUUAUGAUCGUGUAUUUGGUUCUUGCUGCGAAAAUGUAAUUGGUUAUAUGCCAUUACCUCUGGGAAUAAUGGGGCCGUUAAUCAUUGAUGGUAAAUCAUAUCAUAUCCCGAUGGCAACUACAGAAGGAUGUCUUGUUGCUUCAGCUACACGAGGUUGCAAGGCAAUUAAUGCUGGUGGUGGGGCAUCAACUAUUCUAACUAGAGAUGGUAUGACUAGGGGACCAUGUGUACGGUUUCCAUCACUAAUAAGAUCUGGUGCCUGUAAAUUAUGGCUAGAUUCUCCAGAGGGGCAAGAAAAGAUAAAAAGGGCCUUCGAUUCAACAUCUCGUUUUGCAAGGUUGCAACAUGUGAAAACUGCAUUAGCAGGUGAUUUAUUAUUCAUUAGAUUUAUGACAACCACAGGCGAUGCGAUGGGAAUGAAUAUGGUAUCUAAAGGUGUCGAACACUCAUUAUCGAUGAUGGUAGAAGAGUAUGGCUUUGAAGAUAUGGAAGUCAUAUCAUUAUCUGGUAAUUAUUGCACUGAUAAGAAACCUGCAGCAAUAAAUUGGAUAGAAGGUAGGGGAAAAAGUGUUUAUGCCGAGGCAAUUAUUCCAGGUGAAGUUGUCUCAAAAGUUCUUAAAUGUAACCCUGCAAAACUUGAAGAAUUGAACAUAUGUAAGAACCUUAUUGGAUCUGCAAUGGCUGGUUCCGUUGGGGGGUUUAAUGCGCAUGCAGCAAAUACACUGACGGCGAUCUUUCUAGCUUUAGGUCAAGAUCCAGCACAAAAUGCUGAAAGUUCAAACUGUUUAACAUUAAUGAACGAAGUUGAUGGUAAUUUGAAAAUAUCAGUUUCAAUGCCUUCAAUUGAAGUUGGGACAAUUGGAGGUGGGACAAUCUUGGGACCCCAGAGUGCGAUGUUAGACGUAUUGGGUGUUCGUGGACCCAACCAGGAAACCCCAGGUGAAAAUGCAAGGCUCUUGGCCAAAAUUGUAGCUUGUUCAGUCAUGGCGGCCGAGCUGUCAUUAUGUGCGGCCCUAGCUACAGGGCAGUUGGUGAAGAGUCAUAUGAUCCAUAACAGGAAGAGCGAUGUAGUGGUCAAGUCGGCUCCUCACAACUAA